CAAUCAAAUCAAAUGAUAAAGGUUAUCGCGUUAUAAGAAGAACCCCGUAACCCUACACUUCCUUCUAACUUGACUGAAUAGGAGUGACUACAGCUGCUGAAAUCAAGAUGAAGCUUUUGAUCUUUGUCGUCUGUGUUGCCGUGGCAACAGCCAUAGACCCUCAAUGGGAGGCCUUCAAACUUCUUCAUGGCAAACAAUACAACAGCCUAUCUGAAGAGAAUGCUCGGCACUCCAUCUUCGAGGAGAACAGCAAGAUCGUGAAGCAGCACAACGAGGAGGCCGCCAUGGGCAAACACACCUUCUUCAUGAAGAUGAACAAGUUUGGUGAUCUGACAACCGAGGAGUUCCGAAUGAUCGUGAUCGGGUCAGGUUUCAUGCAGUCCAACAAGACCCAGCAAGCCGAGGGGGGAGUCUUCGAGAGCCUGCCGGGACUGAAGGUCGACGACACCGUGGACUGGAGACAGAAAGGUGCGGUGACGAAGGUGAAGAACCAGGAGCAGUGCGGGUCCUGCUGGGCCUUCAGUGCGACCGGCUCCCUGGAGGGUCAACACUUCCUGAAGACGAACAACCUGGUUUCCCUGAGUGAGCAGAACCUGGUGGACUGUUCUCGCAGAGAGGGGAACAAGGGCUGCAAGGGUGGGAGCAUGGAUCAGGCCUUCAAGUACAUCAAGAUGAACGGCGGCAUCGAUACUGAAGAGUGUUAUUCUUACAGGGGAAGGGACGAGAGUAUGUGCAGGUACAAGUCCAGCUGCAGUGGAGCCACCCUGUCCAGCUACACGGACAUCAAGACUGGGGACGAGAUGGCCCUCAUGCAGGCUGUCAGCACUGUAGGGCCCAUCUCUGUCGCCAUAGACGCCGGACACAAGUCUUUCCAACUCUACCACCACGGUGUAUACAGCGAGCCCAAGUGUAGUUCCAAGAAACUGGACCACGGUGUUCUGGCCGUAGGAUAUGGAACUAACGAUGGAACCGACUACUGGCUCGUCAAGAACAGUUGGGGCGAGAUGUGGGGCAUGGAGGGAUACGUCAUGAUGUCCCGCAACAAGGAUAACCAGUGUGGAAUCGCGACUGACGCCAGCUACCCUGUUGUCUAAUGCAACAAACCCUAUAGCUACAAUUACGGCUAGGGAGAAAAUACACCACUAUACAGCACACUUAAAACCAUACUACUCAACCAAAAAGAGUACCUUUGCGUAUUCUAUUGGUCGAUUGGAAUGUGGAAUUGAGUAUAUACUUCCGUGUAUUGUCUUGGUACAUAACGUAGUGGCAAUGGAAUGAAAUUUAUAUCAAUUCAAAGAACACAAAAUCUUGUAAUUUACUGACCCAACAAACCACUAUUACGAGCUUUGUCUGUCUUGGAAAGGAAAGAGUCAUCUAGCGCUUUUCGGCAGGUCUGCAUCUCCGAUGGAUUGUCAAACUUGAGUUUUCGUAGACGUGCGAUGAGAGGUUGGACAAAAGUGCACGGAAAAGCCCUUGUAUUAUCAAUAAAAAUCCACAAUGUA